AUGGCCCCUCCUCCAAGCCUCGACAUCGUCCCUCCCCUAAUCAACUCUGCCAACCCAUGGGCCACUACCGUCGAUGACUUGCAAGCUCUUUAUGACUGUUCCGCAACCGGAGCUGUCACAACCAGGACAUCCUUGAUCAAUGGCUUUCCUCAUGACCCUGCAAAGCACCAGUAUCUCCUAUACGAUACUGCAACGCAUAAAUCUGAGCAAGACCAGACCCGUCUAAGUGGUCUGGAGAGCGCGAGUCUCAAUAAUUUGGGGUACAGCCCCCACAAUCUUGAGGCCUAUCUAGGCUUCAUCAAGACCAUUGCUGGGAAGCUACCUAGUGAUGCCCCGACGAAGAAAGGCUUCCUCGUCUCCGUGACUGGCAGCCCCGAGGAUGUCGUCGGGUGCUACAAGCUCAUCUCAUCAGCUCAGGCAGAGGUGCCCUUCCCCCUGGCCAUGGAGAUCAACCUCAGCUGUCCCAAUAUCCCCGGGAAACCUCCCCCGGCGUACAACGGGAAGGCCCUGCUGGACUACCUACUCGCUCUGAAGGAGGUCGCCUCCGAUGCGAGUCUGACCCGCAUUCCCUUCGGCCUCAAGACGCCGCCCUACACUCAGUCAACCGAGUACACAGCGCUGAUUGGCGCCUUGGUUGAAUCCGCUGCCGCCGAUUCUAGCGGGAUCUGUCCCGUGUCAUUCAUCACAGCGACAAAUACUCUCGGGUCUUGUGUAGUGAUAUCGCCUCCCGACGGGUCCUCCUCCGUCCAGCCAGUGCUCCCAGGCACCGGGAUCGGCGGUAUGGCCGGUGCCCCGCUGCAUCCCCUGGCUCUUGGGAAUGUCUUGACAAUUCGGAAGAUGCUUGACGAGAACAAGGACGCUCUCGGGCACAUCCAGGUCAUUGGAAUCGGCGGAGUUCUGGACGCAGAUGGGUACAGGAGGAUGAAGGGCGUGGGCGCAUCUGUUGUUGGCGUCGGUACUGGCCUGGGCCUCAAGGGCGUUGGCAUAUUUGCGGAGAUUGAGAAGGGCCUCGGAUCAUCAUGGUAA